AUGUGUUUACUGUUUCAGGGAUCACUGACAUUCAGUGAUGUGGCCAUAGGCUUCUCUCAGCAGGAGUGGGAAUGUCUUGACCUCGUUCAGAAGACUUUGUACCGGGAUGUGAUGAUGGAGAACUAUGGUAACUUGGUCUCACUGGCAGGCCAUUCCAUUUCUAAGCCAAAUGUAAUUACCUUACUGGAGCAAGGAAAAGAACCCUGGAUGUUUAUGAGAGAAAAAACAAGAAGUUGGUGUACAGGUUUGGACUCAAGAUAUGAAAUAAUCAGGAAUGGAAAAACAUACAUUUAUACAAAACGUUCAUCUCUUACUCUACAUCACAGAAUUGAUAAUGGAGAGAAACCAUAUGAAUGUAAGGAAUGUGGGAAGGCCUUUAGUCGUCAUACAGACCUAAGAGUACAUCAAAUAAUUCAUACUGGUGAGAAACCAUAUGAAUGUAAAGAAUGUGGCAAGGCCUUUUGUCGUCAUACAGACCUAAGAGUACAUCAAAUAAUUCAUACUGGUGAGAAACCAUAUGAAUGUAGGCAAUGUGGCAAGGCCUUUAGUCGUCUUACAGACUUUAAAGUACAUAAGAGAAUUCAUACUGGUGAGAAACCCUAUGAAUGUGAAGAAUGUGGGAAGGCUUUUAGUCGUGCCUCAAACCUUGCUCAACAUGGAAGAGUUCAUACUGGUGAGAAAUCCUAUGGCUGUAAGGAAUGUGGGAAGGCCUUUAGUGACACUGGAACACUUAGAAUACAUCAGAGAAUUCAUACUGGUGAGAAACCCUAUGAAUAUAAGGAAUGUGGGAAGGCCUUUACUCAAGCCUCAAACCUUAUACAACAUGACAGGAUUCAUACUGGUGAAAAACCCUAUGAAUGUAAAGAUUGUGGGAAGGCUUUUAGUCAUGCUUCACAUCUUGUUAGACAUGAGAGAAUUCAUACUGGUGAGAAACCCUAUGAAUGUAAGGAGUGUGGAAAGACUUUUAGGAGUAGCCAUCAACUUACUAUACACCACAGAUUUCAUACUGGUGAGAAACCCUAUGAAUGUAAGGCAUGUGGGAAGGCGUUUAGUGUGUAUGGACGCCUUACUCGACAUCAGAGUAUUCACAGUGGUGAGAAACCUUUUGAGUGUAACAAAUGCGGGAAGUCCUUUAGGCUCAGUUCAAGCCUUAAAGUACAUCAGAGUAUUCACACUGGUGAAAAACCCUUUGAAUGCCAUAAAUGCAGGAAGUCCUUUAGACUUAGUUCAAUGCUUAAGGUACAUCAGAGAAUUCAUACUGGUGAAAAACCCUAUAAAUGUGAGGAAUGUGGAAGGACUUUUAGUCAUAGGAUAGAACUUAGAGUUCAUCAGAGAAUUCAUACUGGGGAGAAACCCUAUGAAUGUGAAGAAUGUGGGAGGGCCUUUAGUUGUGCCUCACAUCUUACUCAACAUGGCAGAGUUCAUACUGGUGAGAAAUCUUAUGUGUGUAAUGAAUGUGGAAAGGCCUUUAGUCAAGGUAGAAGAAUUAGAACACAUCAGAGAAUUCAUACUGGUGAGAAACCCUAUGAAUGUAAGGAAUGUGGGAAGGCCUUUAGUCAAGCCUCUCAUGUUGUGCAACAUGGUAGAGUUCAUACUGGUGAAAAACCUUACGGAUGCCGUGAAUGUGGGAUGAUCUUUAGUCGUGGUAUAGAUCUUAGAGUAUAUCAUAGAAUAAUUCAUACUGGUGAGAAACCCUAUAAGUGUAAAGAAUGUGGGAAGGCCUUUAUUCAUGGUGGAAGCCUAAGAAUGCAUCAGAGAAUUCAUACUGGUGAGAAGACUUAUGAAUGUAAAGACUGUGGGAAGGCCUUUAGUCGCACCUCAAACCUUGACAGGCAUGAGAGAAUUCAUACUGGUGAGAAACCAUGUGAGUGUAAAGAAUGUUGCAAGGCCUUUAGUCAUGUUGAAAGCCUUAAAAUACAUCAUAGAAUUCACACUGGUGAGAAACCCUAUGAAUGUAAGGCAUGAGGGAAGGCCUUUAGUGUGUAUGGAUGACUUACUGGACAUCAGAGUAUUCACAGUGGUGAGAGACCUUUUGAAUGUAACAAAUGCGGUAAGUCUUUUAGGCUUAGUUCAAGCCUUAAAGUACAUCAGAAAAUUCAUACUGGAGAGAAAACUUAUGAAUUUAAGGACUGGGCUCCUCGAGCCUUGUACGACGCCAGUGCCCGAGCCCCCCCAGGCCUGAUGAAGCCACAAAGCAAAACCUUUUAUAAGAACACCGGUGAGGACCUGAGGAAAUCGAUAUAUGGAGCGGGUUGGUCUGGACGCACGUCUGAGUCGCAGCAAUCGCUCCCUUCCGCGCCGCCCAGCCCUCUGCGAGGGCCUCACUGCCACCCUACUUGGGUUCGGAAGCGCCACGACCGCAUUUUGGCGGAAAAGCACGCGAGACCCACCGACUACGCGUGCCCUCGGGAGGCUCGCUUCGCCUCCUCCCGCUCGACGGCUUCCUUCCUUGGGCUUUCUUGA